AUGCAUAACUCCAGCGAUAUCGAAAACUCAGGGCCGAUAAAAGACCCAGUGACGAAGCUAGUACGGUGUCUGGGCACUACUUUGAUUCUACUGCUACUAGCACUCACAGCAUUCAGCCUUAUAGUAUGGCUAAUUCUCCAUCCCAGCCUGCCGGAAUUUCACGUCAAAUCCCUCUCUGUAUCAAAUGCCAGCAUUUCAAUGGAGUUCACAGUGGAGAAUCCAAGCUGGAAAGUAAACCUUCGGUUUUCGGGUUUUGAGGUUGUUUUAUUACACAAAAACUGCGAGAUUUCGAGGGGUUUUGUGGAGGAUUUUUCUCUGAGUAGUGGAAAAAGAAUGAAGGUGAAAUGGAUUAAUGGUGGGAUUAAAAGAGGGAAAAUGAAGAUGGAUUUCAGCAAAAAACAAGUGAAUUUUGAUGUGAAAAUGAAUGGAGUGGCGUGGUUUAGAGCUGGAAAAUGGAUUAACCAGGAAAAAUCAGUUCAAGUUCUGUGCAAGAAUUUGAAAGUGGAAUUCACAAAUAAUGUAGAAGGGAAUCUCUUGAUUAGUACUGGAGAAAUUGAUUGUUCUGUUUUUUCUCCUGAUUCUUGA